AUUGCACUGCUGUGCUGUGCGGGGCAGCACAGCAGCACUGUGCUGCGAUUACCAGACACAAGAUGAGCAAGAGAGUUCUACACGAAGGCCCAGAGGAGCACUCCUCCAGCUCAUUUCUUUCCCUGUCCUUGAAAAUGCCUUACCCACUUUCUAUCCAAACCCAGGAGGUGCAGCUCUCCGAGAUUUUCGAGUCACAAUGGCCGGCCUGUAUAACCCUAAAGUCGCACAUUCAAUCACCGCUGCUUACGCGACUCGCGCACACACCACUACCGUAGUAGCGUCCUUCUUACUCCUAGCACUUGUCCGAUGUACACCGCCGGCGACGGCUCUCGAUCCCAUACCGAGGCAGAUUACAUCGAAGCUGUCUGUUGCUCGCCGCGGACGAGCCUCCGCGCGGACUUUCCCGCCCCACCCGGCCCAGUUUCUCGCUGCUCGGCGGGCGGAGAAAGCAUCUGCAGCCGCGGAAACUACGUGGGUCCGAGAAUCUGACGGUUUUGACAGCGUUACUGGGAUUGCUACUACUAAUGAUGCUCCUAGUAAGAGUACUGCUGCUGCUGCUGCUGCUGCUGCCAUACCGCGGGCUUCGGCGGCAAACAAGGCGGCUCUCGCGGCGAUCUUCGCGGCGGCGCAGCUGCCUAUUCCGGCGAACAAGCCGAACGCGUGCGCGUGGCCCGGCGUGCAAUGCGCCGACAACGGCGCUGUUGAAGGGCUCUUCCUGUCUGGGAGCCCUCUCUCGCACCCACCGACGCCUCGCCUCUGCAACCGAACCGCGCGCGAACCCGGCGGAAAAGCUCCCGCAAUUCUCGCCGCGUCUAUCGGCCAGUUAACGGACCUUACGAUUCUCGCUCUAACAAACCUCUGGCUCGCUGGUUCGGUCCCGCGGUCGCUUUCCUGGCUUACGAAACUCGGGUCUCUCGAUCUUUCAGGCAACUGCUUCACUGGUUCCCUGCCCAUCGCCUUUUUUCGCAUGCCGAAUAUUUCCUAUGUGAGGGCGGCCACGAAUUUCUUCGCGGGCGGGUUACCACAGCGUCCCGCUGCGUACGCCGCGAUGAAAGGGUUACGAGGGUUUGAUUUGAGGGAUAAUCGGCUUUCCGGUCCGAUUCCUGGCGCGCUUGCAACGCUGCCAAAUUUUGAGGAGUUAAUUCUGGAUCGAAACCGGUUGUCGGGAAUAAUUCCGCCCGCGCUGCUGAAAAAACAGCUCUCGUUUUUAUCAGUGCGUGAAAACCGGCUUUCCGGCGACCUGAGCGGGCAGCAAAUAAUGGCCAGUGGGAUUGACUUCACCCGAAACAGGCUGACCGGGAAUCUUGACACGAUUGAGUUCGACCCGUGGGUGAGCUUCAUCUACGUUUCGGAGAACCUUUUCUCGGGCAGCUUUCCGGAAAUAUUGUGCAGCGAAAUGAGCAACGUUCAAGUCGCUGAUUUUUCGCACAAUCGCCUGACCGGAGUCGUUCCGGUGAACUGUUUCAAUUCCGCAACCCAAGGGCUGCGCCAACUUUGGUUGGACCACAACAAUUUCUCGGGCAGCUUGCAGCCGUUUACCAGGCUAUCCGAGAGCAUCACUUUUGUGGACCUCGGAUUCAACAAGUUUUCAGGGAGAAUUCCCCAAGGCCUCGCCACUCUAUCCAGUCUGACUUACUUGGACCUUGGAGCAAACUCUCUGACAGGCCCCAUCCCCCGCUUCUGCCAGGGACAGCAGGCUCUCACUUUCCUCAACCUCGCCUUCAAUGCCCUCUCUGGCCCGCCCACCCCUCUCUCCUUCCCCACCUGCGCCCGCUCCCUCGCCGCCCUCUACCUCUCCUCCAACCGACUCUCCGGCCGCAUCCCCGCUACAAUCAGCUCCUUUAAGCGCCUCAGGUGGCUGCUUCUAGACAGAAACGCCCUCACAGGGGCGAUCCCGGCUGGGGUGAGCAUCAUGCAGCAGCUGAAGGGACUGGGCGUGUCGUAUAACCGGCUGUCGGGUCCCAUUCCCGCGGCUUGGCCGCGAACUUUCGGUCAGGUGCUGCUGGCAGGGAACCGGCUGUCAGGGGCUGUUCCCGCUGCUCUUAGCAAGCUGAAACGGGCUUCCUUUAAGCCAGGAAACCCUAACCUGUGCGGGACUCCGCUACCUGCUUGCAAAUGAAACCUCUUGUGUAUAAUAUU